CUCUGACUCAGUCUGCCUCCAUGUCUCAUGUAGAGGGAGCUUGAAUAACAUGGACCAAGAAGCCUUUCAGUCAUCCCCUGUCCCCAGACGUGUCAUUUAGCAUUCCCUUCGGCCUGGACAGCGACGUGGACGUCGUGAUGGGCAGAGCCAUCACCUGCUCGGUCAGCUCUGACAACGUGGCCCCCGGCCAGACUGUGACCCGUGUGCCCUACACUCCCCCAGAGGACCUUAGCCAUCUGCUCAACAAGCCUCCAGCCACCCCCGGCUCCCACAGAGGCUCCUGGGCCACCCAGAGCUCCUCUGUGGUGCCCUUGCUGCUGAAGGAGAACUGCCUGGGAGACUGGGACGGGGAGCUGCCCACCAUCGAGGAGGCCCUGCAGAUCAUCCACAACGAGGUCAAGAUGGAGCCCCGGCUCCACCCCGACGGGGCGGCCGACGGAUUCUUCCUGCACUCGCCCGAUGACCCGGCCAGCACCAGACACAACGGUCACGCCACUCACCCCUCCUACCCGCCUAACCCCAUACCCCUCAGCUGCUCCGCCCCGUCCCGCUCUGGGAUGAUGUACCACCCCCACCCCCACCUCCCCAUGGGGGGCAAGACACAGGCACCCAGGGAUCAGCCCUCCUCCUCCCAUACCCGACACACUUCGGAGGGCUCGCGAGACGAUGACUCUGUGCUGAGGGACGGGAGCAUGGACUCUGACGCCUCUGAGGACCUCCUUCUCCUCCCCAAUGCCCAGUCCACUCCUGCUGUCCACACUAGAGGCCAGGGAGGGGACGACGACGUGCCGGACAGUGGCGUGAGGAUGACCAGCUUUGCUGAGUUCAAGAAGAAACCGUCGACAGUGGGCAAUUCACCUAAAAGCGGCGGCGCCAGCCGCAGUGAACCCGUCGCCCCGGCAGAAACGGCUCCGAUGACAAGCUGGGUGGCCCAGCCCCAGAAGUCGACAGAGGAGAGCCCCUGGACUGACCACCGAGAUGUUUGAGC